AUGGACGGCAGGGGCGGGUUGAACUACGGCCCCCGCGGGGGCUUGAUGGCUGGCGCGGGGAUGGGCAGGGGGGCUGCGCCGGGGGCGGGAGGCGGCGCGGGGUUCGGGGACUCGCUGCCGUUCGCAGGGGUUCUGCAGAGGCUGGACGCGUUCCCGAAAAUUCGCGACGAGGAGUUCUACAAGCGCACGUUGGCUGGCGGAGUCAUCACGAUCGUGGCUGCGGCCAUCAUGACGCUUCUCUUCCUUUCCGAAGCAGCGAUCUUCCUGCGCGUCCACAAGAGCCACGAGCUCACGGUGGACACGACGCGGAACGAGAAGAUCGACAUCACGGUCGACAUCACGCUCCCGCGCCUGCCGUGCGCCUGGCUCUCGGUCGACGCCAUGGACGUGAGCGGCGAGUCGCACCUCGACGUCGAGGAAGAGAUCUUCAAGAAGCGUCUCGACGCCCAGGGCAACACCAUCCAGGUCACAGCGUCCAAGGUCGGCCCCGAGGUCACCACCCAGGACUACGCUAAGAAGAAGGCGGCAGGGAACAACCGGCGCAGACUCCAGGGCAUCGAGUCGUCGAUGAUGAAGGGCCGCGACGACGGCAGCGAGCCCGCGCAGCUUGGCGGCGCGCAGGGCGGCUCCGGCGAACCACAGGACGGAGCUGGCGCCAGCCAGCUGAUUGACACCGCGGGCGACUCAGAGGGCAAGAUGAUGCCUCAGGACGCGCCGAAUCAGGCGCCGGGGGGCGUGAAGCUGCGGCCCGGCGACGAGGGGUACUGCGGCGACUGCUACGGCGCAGCCACGCACUGUUGCAACUCGUGCGACGAGGUGCGCGAGGCGUACAGGCGGAUGGGCUGGGCGCUCCCGGACCUGAUGACCAUCGAGCAGUGCCACGACGACAAGCACAUGCAGGACAUCCAGGAGCAGCGCGGCGAGGGCUGCCACGUUUUCGGCACGCUGCGCGUCAACAAGGUCGCGGGGAACAUCCACAUCGCGCCCGGCCGCUCCUACCAGGCCGGCCCGCUGCACGUCCACGACCUCUCGCCCUUCGGCAACGACCCCACCUUCGACCUCUCGCACACCUUCCACAAGCUCUCCUUCGGCGCCGACUACCCCGGCAAGCCCCCGGACCCCCUCGACGGCCUCACGAAGGACAGCCGCAAGAAGGGGAGCAUGCCCGAAGAGCUCGGCAUGCACCAGUACUUCCUCAAGGUCGUGCCGACGGUGUACAAGGGCGCGAGCGGCAAGGUCGUGCGGUCGAACCAGCUGUCGAUCACCGAGCAUUUCAAGCCCUCGGUGCAGGAGGGUUUGGACGCGCGGACACUCCCGGGGAUCUUUAUGUUCUACGACCUCUCGCCGAUCAAGGUCGAGGUCGUGGAGGAGCGCGCGUCGUUCCUGCACUUCCUCACCAACGUGUGCGCGAUCGUCGGGGGGGUGUUCACCGUGGCGGGGAUCCUAGAGGCGACGGUGUACCACGCAGCGCGGAUCCGGAAAAAGAUCGAGCUGGGGAAAUUCAGCUGA